AUGAAAACCUGGGGAAAGGAGCCAAGAAGGAAAAGCCACAAAUACGCAUCUGGCCGAGGCAGAGGGAGCAGCUCCAAGAGCCUGCAGAGAUGCACUGUGACUGCUGUGUGCAGAGGUUCAGCCGCCAGAGGCUCGGAUGCCCUCCUGGGUCCUGCUCCUGAGAAAUCAGAGCAGGCGAGAGAGAAGACACAUGUUCCCCACCAAAUUUUUCCUGCCUCCAAGUCCUUCAGGUUUCUGCAGACCAUGGGGAAGAGCAAGAACUGUGGAGUCAGACAAGAGGUAGCUGGAAUUCCAACUCCCCAACCCAUUAGAUGGGGCCUUGAAGAUGGAGUUUCAUCAUAUUGGCCAGGCUGGUCUCGAACUCCUGGAUUCAAGUUAUCUGCUCACCUUGACCUCCCAAAGUCCUAGGAUUACAAGCUUCCUAAACUCUCAGCGUAGGCAUCGGGAACCUUCGUGCCAAGGAGCCAUGCUGCCCCGAUGGGAACUGGCACUUUACCUACUUGCCUCACUAGGCUUCCACUUCUAUUCUUUCUAUGAAGUUUACAAAGUCUCCAGAGAACACGAAGAGGAGCUGGACCAGGACUUUGAGCUGGAGACUGACACUUUAUUUGGAGGAUUAAAGAAGGAUGCGACCGAUUUUGAGUGGAGCUUCUGGAUGGAAUGGGGGAAGCAGGGGCUGGUGUGGCUUCUCCUUGGCCACAUGGUAGUGUCUCAAAUGGCCACACUACUGGCAAGAAAGCACAGACCCUGGAUUCUCAUGCUCUAUGGGAUGUGGGCCUGCUGGUGUGUGCUGGGGACCCCUGGUGUGGUCAUGGUUUUGCUCCAUACCACCAUCUCUUUCUGCGUGGCCCAGUUCCGGUCUCAGCUCCUGACGUGGCUCUGUUCUCUCCUCCUCCUCUCCACACUGAGGCUGCAGGGUGUGGAGGAAGUUAAGAGAAGGUGGUACAAGACAGAAAACGAGUACUACCUGCUGCAGUUCACGCUGACCGUUCGCUGCCUCUACUACACCAGCUUCAGCCUGGAGCUCUGCUGGCAGCAGCUGCCUGCUGCAUCGACCUCCUACUCCUUUUCCUGGAUGCUGGCCUAUGUCUUUUAUUAUCCAGUCUUACACAACGGGCCCAUCCUCAGCUUCCCGGAGUUCAUCAAACAGAUGCAGCAGCAGGAGCAUGACUCCCUGAAGGCCAGCCUGUGUGUCCUGGCCCUGGGGCUGGGCCGCCUGCUUUGCUGGUGGUGGCUGGCCGAGCUGAUGGCUCACCUGAUGUAUGUGCACGCCAUCUACAGCAGCAUCCCCCUCCUGGAGACUGUCUCUUGUUGGACCUUAGGAGGACUGGCGUUAGCCCAGGUGCUCUUUUUCUACGUGAAGUACUUGGUGCUCUUUGGCGUGCCGGCUCUGCUCAUGCGCCUGGAUGGACUCACUCCACCCGCCCUCCCUCGCUGCGUGAGCACCAUGUUCAGUUUCACCGGGAUGUGGAGGUAUUUUGAUGUUGGACUGCAUAAUUUCUUAAUCAGGAAGAGUCUCAGAUCCCUCGUGCCUGAGAUUAGAUUCCGAAGAAAAUGGGAGGUGGGAAGAGGUGGGACCUGGAAUGCAUUCUGGUAUGUGUACAUUCCAGUGGGUGGGUCCCAGCAUGGCCUGCUGGGGACACUGUUUUCCACGGCGAUGACAUUUGCAUUUGUGAGCUACUGGCAUGGCGGCUACGACUACCUCUGGUACUGGGCAGCACUCAACUGGCUGGGAGUCACUGUGGAGAAUGGAGUCCGGAGGCUGGUGGAGACUCCCUGCAUCCAGGACAGUCUGGCCCAAUACUUCUCCCCACAAGCUCGCCGUCGAUUCCACGCUGCCCUUGCGUCUUGUUCCACCUCGAUGCUGAUCCUGUCCAACCUGGUAUUUCUUGGGGGCAAUGAGGUUGGGAAAACCUACUGGAAUAGGAUCUUCAUACAAGGCUGGCCAUGGGUGACCCUCUGUGUCCUGGGAUUCCUGUACUGCUACUCCCACGUGGGCAUUGCCUGGGCCCAGACCUACGCCAUGGACUAAUGCUGUUGGGCCCAGGCCUGUCCUUGCUGCUGGCCUCCAAGGCAAAUAGUGCUUCACCCUGACCUCUCACUCCAGGACAGCCUCUAAGGGAUUUGAUCUGCUCAUCUUCAGUUGAAUGUCCUCACUCCAAGACUGGAUGCUGGAUCUCAUAGAAAAUUCACAGCCGGACAAUCUUCUAAUCUGGAGUCUUUGAGAUCUUCUACCCCAACCCAUCAUUUUCCUAUUGAGGAAGCUGGGGUCCAGGGCAGUCGUGUGUCUUGCCCAGCUACACAGGGUGACAUUUUGGUCUAGAACCUAGUCUGAUGAGCCCUUUGCAUUCUCUCACCUUAAGCAAGUAUAGAAUGUAGUGGACAUUUAUUGAUUGAGACACAGAAAUCCUGAUUAGUGAUAGGCCUGUCUUCUGGGCAGUAUUUCUAAAAUAUUUGAGUGACAUUGAUGUUUAGUGACCUCCUUCAUCACAUCCUGCAGUGUCUCCAGAAGCAGCACUAGGGUUUGAGCUUCACACUUCAGCCCCUCUGUAGGAAGGAGACCAAGCCACAGCUGUCUUUUGAAUUACCUAGUCCAAGAAGACGGUAGCAGCCCUGUAGCAUUCUAAGGCAUCUAUGCCCAAGGAGUCCUGUGAUUUGAGCUUCAGCAGGGUGAUCUACAUUUGGAUGCUUGUUUCUGAGAUUUGCAGAGAAGUAUAACAUGGUAGUUCCUCUACCUUACAGUUAGUCGUUUCUUAAUUAAAGAAGCAGAAUUUAGAAACCACAGGAUAGUGUAUCCACAGAUGGAUGUUAUCAAGGCUAGUCAUGAGGAUAGCGUCCUGGAGUCUUGUCCACCCUCUCCAUACAAGUCUCAAAAGUCAUCCUCCUACUCAGUGAUUCACGUUUAGUGGUUUAUAUUGUUACGGUUUGAUUCAAACGGAGCCUUUUCUGUCAUGUAGAUAAUCUACAUGUUUGUAGAAUUAUUUUGAAUAUGUUUGAGGAAAAUGUUUAAAAUCUAAAUAUAUUCACAUAACUUGAUUAUUCACUCCUCUGAAAAGAUGCUGGAUAGGCUAACAAAAUUCCCAAGUGGUAGAUAAUUCAGAAGACUUCUGUUUGGAUUUUUUUUUUUUUUGGAGUGCGGAAGGGUAAAGGAGCCUUAAAAUUUGAAUCCAUAAUAUAUCUAAUUACAGGAGAAUUUACAACAUCUCAAGUACGUAAAUUAAGUUGUCAUUGAGUGAAAGGUUCACUUGGACCUAGUGCUGCCUCUUGUUUAUUACAUAGCAUGGCCCUUAUGUCUUGAGUUGAGGUUAUCAACUCAAUGAGGCUUAAACUCCUAGAGUACAGGACCAUUUUGUUGAUUGUCUUUCUUCAUAGCUUCUCUGCUUGGCAAAGAGAUAGGAGGGGGCCAGAUACUGACUACCUGGGGUAGGCACAUUAUGUGUUAAAGCAAAAGACAGAGACCAGAGAGGGGCAGGUAGACCUGCAUAGCAGCAGCCUCAGCAGCUGUCUUGGUAAAGGAGAGAGAGAGAUAUGGGGCCGGUAAUUCCAGGGUGCUCAGAAGUUUUAGGAGGGAAUGAGCCUCAGGGAGGAGUGAGCACCUAAAUAAACGCAGUAAACCUUCAUGGACUAACAGUGAUUCAGGAUUUGUGGCCAGCCAGAGGGAGUUUGACUGAAGUUUACUUGGAAAGAAAGGGCUUGCUAAGAAAAAAAGGAGUAAAAGUGAUGAUAUGGAAGUGUCUAAUGUAUGUGCACAUAUAAGUAAUACAAAAGUUUUGAGCUCUUCCAAAUAUACCAUUUAUAUAAAAACAAAUAGGUUUAUUCAUUCAUUAAACUAUUUUGGAAGAGUCAGUGGGUAUAUUUGAAAGUGGUAAUCCUGAAUCUCUUAAACUAUUCUAUGAUUCAUAAUGGUUCUCAGGAAUUAAUAAAUGAUUACUGUGCUUAGCUCUGUAUUUAAGGCUGAUUAAUUAAUAUGUGGAUUAUCCAGGACCAUUGUUUUGCUUAACCUUUUCCUACUCCCCAGUUGUAAUAUGAAAAUGAUAAUGCUUCUCUCCUCAUGCAUAUUCACUAAAAUCUUGUAGUUACUCUGAAUGGUGGUGCCUGGGCACACAGAGGAGUUCAGCCAAUGACACUGGACAUGUCAUCAGCCCUGGGCAACUUCAGGCACAGUGUUGGGAAAAGAUUAGACAAGGUCCCAAGGUCAAUUCCAGCCCCUGGAUCCUCUGAUCCCAGCCUCGUUCUGUGGGCAAGCCCAAGAGCUCCAAGCACAAUCGCCAAGAUGCUACCCAAGGAGGGAAGCAAGAUACCUGAAGGACACCCAAACUUCAGUCAUUCUAAUUCUUGGGACCACACAAGAAGACUGAAAGGUUAUUAUUUUUUCAAAUUAAUUUGAAGUGUCAGCAGAAAACAUUUUGUUUCAUUAAAGACAGCAGGCCUCAAGAAAAAAUAAAUCAUCAACAAAUAAUUGUAUUAUAAUCUAUAUACUGGGAGAAUAGCAAUUUAGGUGGGGGAGGGGGUGGCUUCCCCUUACAGAAAUUGAGACGGCUCACCUGCUUAUUUAAAAUAUAAUAUAACCAUUGACUAAACAUAGUAAAUUAACCAUAAUAUAAUGAGUUUGGUUUUUAGCAGAUGUAUCAGAAUAUAUCCAUACAAUAGGGUUCCCUUCAGUGUGGACAACAUGAGAAGCCAAAUUAUGAUACUACUGGCCUCAGCGCAUUUUGAGAAAGCCUCUCUGAGGCCUUUCUCAGGCAAAUGGUUUUAUUUUAAAACAAAAAACCCUCUUUAAAAUCAUUGAACUCCAUUUGGCACCCAAAACGUGGCAUUCAUUGCUUAGCUCUAUAUUACUGGUCCUUCUGACUAAUUGCAAGAAUCAUAUUCACAGAGAUGUUUUGCAGCAUUGAAGAGAUCUAGACAGAAUGCUUUAGGCUGGGUGUGGUGGCUCACACCUGUAAUCCCAGCACUUUUGGGAGGCUGAGGCAGGUGGAUCACUUGAGGUCAGGAGUUUGAUUGAGACCAGCCUGGGCAAGAGAGUGAGACCCUGUCUCAAAAAAAAAAAAAAAAAAAAAAAAAAAAAAGAAUAAUACGUUGUUAGUGAUAAUUUUGAAACAAACAUCAGUAAUUUGGAAUUUUAAACAAUAUCACCCUUAUAUUAUUUUUAUAAUGCUUUUGUGCAAUUUGAUUAAAUCAUGGGUAAGGAAACAUUAAAAAACAUUAAAACAUUAAAAAACAAAAAACAAAAACAACAAAAAACAUUAAACAAAAAACAUUAAAAACAAAAACAUUAAAAAACAUUAAAACUGUGAUCCUAUAAGAUCAAGUAGAGGCUUGUAGGUCAGAUUCCUCAUCCCCUAAUUAAGUUAUACUGUCUAUAAUAAGAGAAGUGCCAUGUUUGUAAUGUGGUCCACUGGAUGGUAAAUAAGAACUCAGGUUGGCAGUAUUGUGGAGCCUUGCCAUGAGCAGGAAGCAAUACCUAUUAAAAUAGCAAAGCUGAAACCAUGCUGGUGUAUGGGACUAUUUCGAUUAGAGGCAAGCUACCUUAAUAGCUUCUGAGACUAUCAAUCAAUGAAGUGUAAAGCACAGAUCAGAGCUCAUAUUGUAGACACUGAGUCAUUCAAAAAAUAUUGUUAUAUUCUUCAUACUAUGUUUUAAAAGGCAGGAGGGAAGCAUUAAUAUAUUUUAUACAAAUUUCGAUCCAAAUUAUUUUUCAAAAUAAAAAAGUAUACAUCAUCUAAGUGGGGUGGGGGGGUAUCAGUUUUGGGUAUCUCAGAUCCAUGUGUCAUACAGUUUUCCGUGAUGCCAGGCAUUUAAGUCAACAUCUGUGCCCUCGUACAGCAGCUGCAGCUGUACUUUAAGAUUGUACAGCCGCAUACCUUCAUGUCCAUUCUCUCACUAUUUGGUACUUUGACACACAAUCUUGGUGAAUCUUGGACUUUAAGUUCUAAAAAAACUAUAAUUGCUGUCCACAUAAGAGCUUUCCAAACUCUUGAAAAUACCAUCCUUGUUCUGUCAUCUUAGGUCAGAACAGCCAAUUCAGUGACCUAAAAUUAAUGAAAGGCAAAAGCAAGUAUCAUGUAUAAAAUAGUUUAUUACAGUAAUAAAUAAAACUUUUUUUUU